UACAAACAAUUCUAACAUUAGAACCUUUCAUAAUUUCGCGUUCAAUUUUUUAUCAACUAUAGAUACUAUAUCAUUCUUUAUGUUCUAUCUCUCUCUAUUUCUAUACUCAAUAUCCCUACUUAUAUAUUCUAUUUCCUUAUCUUUAUAGUCGUCCCCUUUUCAUAUCAUUUCAUAAAAUUAUAUUGUUAUCAUUAUCUAAAAAGUUUUACUUCAAAACGUUUACUAGAUCAUAAAAAAUCCUACACAUUUAUAUAUCUCCUAUAUAAAUUUUAAAUAAAUUAUUCAUAAACUGUGGUUGUUUUCUGUUCAGCAAUUUCAAGAAAUAUAGUUCUUAAAUAUAAGCGUUUAAAGUUUUACAUAGCUCAGGACGUGCUGCAUGGGAGUAGGAGUAGAGGGACUCUGUGACACUUCUUUCACUGUAUUUCAAUACUCUAAGAAGCAUUUUAAACCAGAAACAAUAUUAGAUUUUUUGAAAAAUUUAAUGGCAUUACUGAUUAAUAAAAUAUCUAAAAAUCUAAAUUACUUAAAAAUCUAAUGUGCUAGCAAAAUUUCAAUAGUAAAUUUCGAUUUUACACAAGAAACUACGUAAUAAUUGAUGUAUGAUACGUCAGCUGCAAAAUGGCUGUUAACUAGUAUUUUUAUUAUAUGUUACAGUUAACGAGUUUUUAUUAGUAUAUUUGGUUUUGAACUUUUGAAAAAGAUAUUAUACAAUAAUAAUUGACACAAUGAAUAAAUUAACACCACCCAAAUACGAGUUAUUAAACCCAGAAAAAACAAAAGAAAUGUUACAAUUAUUCAAAGGUGAGAGAACCGGUUGGGUGUUGGUUGGCUCGAAGAAAUAUUUCUUUCCAUAUAAAUAUACAGAAGAAGGAGAAGGAUUUUAUAAUUUUAAAGCAAGAUCUAGUGAUAUUUGGGUAAUUACAUAUCCAAGAUCAGGAACUACGUUAACUCAAGAGCUGGUUUGGUUGUUAAGCAACAAUUUGGAUUAUGAUACAGCUAAAACUAAAUAUCUUUCUGAAAGAUUUCCAUUUUUAGAAUUUAGCAUGUUCAACCACCCUGAGGUUUCAAAUGAAUUUCUAGAAAUGAAUAAAGGUGAUUUAGCUAAAGAGGAAUUAUGCAGAUCAUUAACAAUACCUGGAUAUGAAUCUUUGGAAAAAAUGUCUUCACGAAGAUUUAUUAAGACACACUUUCCAUUUAGUUUAUUACCUACUGUUUUGGAAUCUGGUGCUAAAAUAAUUUAUGUGGCAAGAAAUCCUAAGGAUGUAGGUGUAUCUUGGUAUCAUUUGAAUAAGGACAUCAAAACACAGGCAUAUAUAGGAACAUUCGAACAAUUUUGGAAUUAUUUCCAAAAUAAUCAAACUCCAUGGAGUCCAUAUUGGGAACAUAUAAAAGAAGCUUGGGCAUUGAAAGAUCACCCUAAUGUUUUAUUUAUGUUUUAUGAAGAAAUGUAUGAAAAUUUACCGAAAGCUAUUAAGAAAAUUGCAAAAUUCUUAGGUAAAGAAUACAGCGAUGAUGAAAUAAAUGAACUUGCAAUGUACUUGGAUAUUAAAAAUUUCCGUAUAAACCCAAUGGUUAAUUUAACAGAAUUAAGAGAAUGUAAUAUAUUAGAAAGAGAAUCUUUUGUCAGACGAGGAUUAAGUGGUGGUUGGAAGGACUUUUUUACACCAGAAUUAGAAAAUCAAGCAAAUCAAUGGAUUACAGAAAAUUUAAAGAAUACUGAUUUGAAAUUUCCAAAUUUUACCAAAAACUUGGAUUUUAGCUUAACAAAAAAAGAUUAAUUCAAUAAUUUUCAAGAUUUUUAAUCAUGUUUCUGUUAAAAUAUAU